GGUUUGGUCAGCCUCUAGCUCUCGCGUUUCGAUUUGCCGCGCUAACGGUGGGAGGCGGGCUUGCGUCGGGGUCACACUCUCCCAUUGGUUGCUGUUGCGGCGGCGGUUUGGAGUGAGGGUAGCACGUUGAGCUGGAGGCUGUGCGGAGUGCGGCGGCCCAAAGCCUGGCAACGAGCCCGGUGUCUGGUGGUAAUCCGGGAUUGAGCCAGGCCUGAGUCCCCGGGGGAUGGAUCGCGUGUGGAGUGCGUGGUGCGGGAAGUGCGUCAAAGAGAAAGGGUCGCCGCCACUCUGGGCCCAGCGCAUCGUGGUCGCCUGGCUCAGUAGGGCCGAGUGGGAUCAGGUGACAGUGUAUCUGUUCUCUGACGACCAUAAAUUGCAGCGGUACGCGCUGAACCGCAUCACCGUGUGGAGGAGCAGGUUAGGCAACGAACUCCCCCUGGCAGUGGCUUCUACUGCAGACCUGGUACGCUGUAAGCUCAUGGAUGUAACUGGUGGCUUGGGCACUGAUGAACUUAGACUGCUCUAUGGCAUGGCAUUGGUCAGGUUUGUGAACCUUAUCUCGGAGAGGAAGACAAAGUUUGCCAAGCUCCCUCUCAAGUUCCUGGCUCAGGAGGUGAACAUUCCGGAUUGGAUUGUUGAACUUCGCCAUGAGUUGACCCACAAGAAAAUGCCCCAUAUAAAUGACUGCCGCAGGGGCUGUUACUUUGUCCUGGAUUGGCUCCAGAAGACCUACUGGUGCCGCCAACUGGAGAACAGCCUAAGAGAGACCUGGGAGUUGGAGGAGGACAGGGAAGAGACAGAUGAAGAAGACCAAGAGGAAGAUAAGAACAUUGUCGUUGAUGACAUCACAGAACAGAAACCAGAGCCUAAGGAUGAGGAGAAAGGUGCAGAGCUGGAUGUUAAGGCUGAUGGAGACAGCGAAGGCAACAAAGAGGUUGAUCCACAUUGGCAAAAGGCUGUGAGACAUAAAGAGUUGUAUGAAAGAGCCCGAGAACUGCUGGUAUCCUAUGAAGAGGAGCAGUUUAAGGUGCUGGAGAAAUUUAGGUAUUUACCUCAGGCCAUUAAGGCGUGGAAUAACCUGUCCCCACCUGUAGAAUGCAUCCUGGCAGAGCUCAAGGGCAUUACAUGGGAGAACAGGGAGGCUCUGCUAGAUGCUUUUCUGGAUGACGGCUUUCUCAUCCCCACAUUUGAACAGUUGGCGGCUUUGCAGUUAGACUAUGAAGAUGGGCAGACUGAGGUCCAGAGAGGGGAAAGUACUGACCCAAAGUCACACAAAAACGUGGACUUGAAUGACGUCCUGGUGCCAAGGCCGUUCUCUCAAUUCUGGCAGCCCCUGCUCAGGGGCCUCCACUCCCAGACCUUCACACAGGCCCUGCUGGAAAGGAUGCUCUCUGAGCUGCCAGCCCUGGGGGACACUGGGAUCCGGCCCACCUACAUCCUCAGAUGGACCAUUGAACUGAUCGUGGCUAACACCAAAACUGGACGGAACGCCCGCCGGUUUUCUGCAAGCCAGUGGGAAGCGAGGAAGAACUGGAGGCUAUUCAACUGCUCUGCCUCCCUUGACUGGCCCCAGGUGGUUGAGUCCUGCUUGGGUUCACCUUGCUGGGCCAGCCCCCAACUCCUUCAGCUCAUCUUCAAAGCCAUGGGGCAGGUCCUGCCAGACGAGGAGCAGGAGAAGCUGCUGCGCAUCUGUUCCAUUUAUACCCAGAGUGGAGAAAACAACCUGGUGCAGGAGGGCUCAGAGGCUUCCCCCAUUGGGAAGUCUCCAUACACACUGGACAGCCUGUACUGGAGCCUCAAACCAGCUGGCUCGAGCUCUGGACCUGAAGGAGAAGCCCAGCAACAGGAGGAACAGGGCAGCCUUAAUGAUGCCAAGGAAGAUGAGAAGAAGAAGCAAGAGGCCUUGGAAGACCAGAUGGAAGAGGAGGAGGGAGAGGAGGAGGAAGAGGAAAAUGAUGACCAGAAGUGGGAGGAGGAGGAGGAAGGUGAUGAUGAUGACGACGACGACGACGACGACGAUGAUGACGACGACGGCGAAGAUGAAGAGGAGGAAGACAGGAUGGAAGUGGGGCCUUUCUCUAUGGAGGAAGAGUCCCCCACUGCUGAGAAUGCCAGGCUCCUGGCCCAGAAAAGAGGAGCUUUAGAGGGCUCUACAUGGCAAGUUAGCUCAGAAGAUGUACGAUGGGACACUUUCCCCUUAGGCCGAAUGCCAGGUCAGACCGAAGACCCAUCAGAGCUUAUGCUGGAGAAUUAUGACACCAUGUAUCUUUUGGACCAGCCUGUGCUAGACCAGCGGCUGGAACCCCCAACAUGCAAGACUGGCUGCAUUAGUGUAACCGUGGAUCUCCCUGAGAGGAAAGAUGAUGGCUUUGCUCUCAGCUGUCACCCUCAUCUACCUGGAAGAACUUUUGACCUGCAGGAAGCAGGGGAAGCAAGAGUGUUCCGAGCAGGGCCAGGGAAGAGGAGGGCAGUCUUCUCCCUAGCACCCUGGGCCUGAGCUGCAGCAUUGGCAGUGGCAACUGCAGCAACGGCAGCAAUGACAGUGGCAACUUGGACGGCCUUCUCUGGAGCCAGGGCCAGCUGCAUGGGCUCAAAAGUGGCCUACAGCUCUUCUGAUGCCAGCCCUGGUGCAGGUGUUCAUCCAGUGCUACUGGGGCAACAGCCCACUCUCCCCCACUCUGCCAGUGCACCUAAUGCUCCAUAAAACAAGCUGGGAGACAGCCUGCAUCAGCCAUAUCAGCUCAGCUUUCAAAAUCACAGUAGGAUUCAAAAUCACAGUAGGAUUUUGAAUAUGUUUUAUUUUGUUUUGCUUUGUUUCAUUUUGUUUUUUGUUUUGAAAAACAAUAAACAGGCAACUGUUUUGGUGUUUGUGA